UUAGAUCUGUAUCAAACGAACGAGAAAAAGAUCGGAGAAAAGGAACGCUUUCGAGCGAUGGCUGCUGCUGCGAUUGAAAAUGGAAGUACCUUAAGCUCUAGAAGUCCUUUCAAGGAGUGGAAUGCCCAGAACGAGGAGGUAUUCUCGAUUCGCUCCAGGAUGCUCACGCCCUCCAAUCGAAAGAAGUUCCAGAAUGAAACGGCCUUGGAAAAUAACCAAGUAAGCUGCCAAAUCUCCAAGCUGCAGGAAGGCUUGCAAUCUGUUACCUCUUCACUGUCGCUCUUGAGUGACACCAUUGGCAGCGCGCUUGCGGAGUCAUUCACUCUGAUCGAAUCGGAUCCAAACUGUUAUGCUGCAUCACCACAGAGAUCACCACAGAGAAGUGAGUCAUCAGAUCAAAAUUCUGACUGCAUCACUUACAGCUCCUCGCAAAAGUCUCCGUCGUCUUCAUCAACUGGAACAGAGGAGAGUCCAAAGUUUCAGCUCAAGCCUUCCAGCGAUCUCGCGAUGUCUAUGGCCGCCAAAGCCAAACUUCUACUCCGCGAGCUCAAGACCGUGAGAGCGGAGCUUUGCUUCAUGAGAAACCGGACGUCACAACUAGAAGAAGAGAACAGAAAAAUGCGCGGCAGUAUGAGCAAAGGAAAUGCACCCGAGGAAGAUGAUCUGGUGAGAAGGCAGCUGGAGACCCUCCUGGCCGAAAAAGCUCGGCUUGUACAAGAAAACGCUACAUACAAACGGGAGAACCAGUUUCUUCACGAGGCCAUAGAGUACCAUCAAUUGACAGUACAAGGAAUGGUCUUGCCGGAAUAAAGUGAGCCGCGCUGA